AUGGCAAGGCGACGUGUUCAGUCGCCGAAGCAGUCUGGCAGACCAAAUCGGCGUGAACCAGCUGAAGAGGCAGAGGCCAAUUCUGACGAAGAAGCUGCUAACACGGAAAGCCAGAAGAUUCUCGCACUGGCAUCACUCCUCAAGAAGCCCAAGACCGACGACAAAGACCUGCAGCAGUUCCGCGCGAAGGUUGCCGCCGAUCGUGAGCGGUUGAAGGCGCAUCUCGACCAGCGAGUACACCAGGCUGAGGAAUCGGAGACACGCCGUCGCGACGAGAUCACGUCUACCAUUCUGAAUGCUCUCACAACCCUGAAUCGAGACUUGAAAGGCGAGGCACCUACCUUCGCUGGCACCAAAAUCACGGAGAAUGCGGUCUACAUGCCGGUGAUCGACGUUCUCUCAUCCUCCGAAGCUCUCCUUGAGGAAUACGAGCGGCUCGACAAGAUGAUCAUGGACAUGCGGGACGAGCAAGAGGAGCCAGUCCCAGAGGCGUGGCACCAAGACAUACAGGAUGCGGAGAAGAAGUUGCAGAUGGGAGCUCGGGUUGCACUGAGGAAUGUCAAGAAGGUGCUGGGUGCUGAUGUUGAGAAUGAUGAAGGGGCUACAGCUGAAGAUGGAGAUGCGGCGAUGCAGGAUAAUGAAGGCGAGCUGGAGCUGAACUACGAGCUGGAGAAGAGUCUACGCUAUGCAGAGAGGGGUGUCAGGAGGAUGGUCAAAGGACUCCCGGGCGUUGAUGCUUAG